UCGUGUUUCUGUCGGGACGAGUAGCUGUCGCGUUCGAUCAUCACGGCCAACGAACGUUCCUCGAUAUUUCGUUGUUCGAUUAGUGUACAGUCAUGCGCGUUACUUGCCUUAAGAAAACUAAAACCGAAUACGUGUUAAUACAGAUACACAGCGAGCAAAGCGAAAUGGUGUUAACGGAUGAGUUUGCUGGUGAUGGUGUUGAUUUAUACGACGACGUGAUAGCAGCUCCUGCUGGUGGUAAUGGAGGAGUUUCAACAGGUAAUAGUGGAGAUGGUGGAGGUGACACUACAUCGCCAAAUGAAGAAACAAAUGGCAGUGCUCCAUAUCAUCAACUUGGAAAUAACAUUCAACCAAACCAAAUUGGAAGACGUCAUCAAUUAUAUGUUGGAAAUUUAACUUGGUGGACGAGUGAUCAAGACAUAACAGAUGCAGUACAAAGUAUUGGUGUGUCUGAUUUUGUGGAAGUAAAAUUCUUUGAAAAUCGGGCAAAUGGACAAUCCAAAGGUUUCUGUGUGAUAUCUUUGGGUUCAGAACAAAGCAUGAGGAUAUGUAUGGAAAGACUACCCAAGAAAGAAUUGCAUGGACAAAAUCCAGUCGUAACAUUUCCUACCAAACAAGCUUUGAAUCAAUUUGAGUCUCAGUGUAAAACACGUCCAGCUCCAGCUCCGCAACAAAGUCAAAGUCAACGCCCCCAUAAUCCACAUCAACAUCAGCCACCAAUGCCACCUCAUCAACAGCAUCCACAACAUCCCCAACACCCUCAACAUUCACAACAAAAUCACGGUCCUAGAAUGAUGAUGGGUCCCCCACAGGGUGUGAGACCUCAGAGAAUGCCACCUCCUGGUAUGGGUCCACCGGGUCCAGGUGGACCUGGACAACAAGGUCCACCACGUAUUCAUGGUCCACCCAUGGGUCCUGGACCUGGGCCACAUCAUCCUUUGCCUGGACAUCCUAAUCAGGGUCCACCGCCUCCUGGAUAUCAGCAGGGACCAUGGAAUGGUCCUAGACCUAAUGGUCCACCUGGACCUCCUAGAGGUCCGAGUGGCCCUGGCGGUCCUCCGCAACAAGGACCUCCUGGACCAGGUCCUGGUCAACACAGACCACCGGGAAUGAGUUGCACUAGAGACCUUUCAGAAGCCAGUUACCAUAUACCACAGCAAUUUCAUGGUGGUCCACCUGGUCCACCUGGUCAAGGGCCUCCACGUGGUCCACCUGGACACCCUGGUGGACCUCCAGGAGAUCCAAGAGGUGCCCAACCACGCCCUGAAUGGAAUCGACCCCCAGGAAUGCAUCAUGGGCCUCAGGGACCACCAGGUUUCCCUCAACAUCAACAUAUGCAAGGCCCGCAACCUGGUCAAGGCCCGCCACAGAGAGGACCUCCUCCAGGUUCGAUGGGUGGAAUGUUGCCAGGUCCAGGAGGACCACCACCGGGACAUGGAGGACCACCUCAAGGACCUCCGCAAGGACCUCCAGCGCCGCAUGUUAAUCCUGCGUUCUUCCCACAAGGGCCACCCCAUCAGCAUCCAGGACAACAUCCACCAGGUCCUCCUGGUCCACCCCAUGGGCCUCCGCAUGGUCCACCACAUGGACCACCUCAUGGUCCUCCUCAUGGACCUCCUCACGGUCAGCCGCAUGGACCACCGCAUGUACCACCGCAUGGUUACGGGCCACCUGCGACACAACCACCUUAUGGUGCACCAGGACCUGAUCAUCGCCCUGAGGGACCUCCACCCCUUACAGAACAAGAGUUUGAAGAAAUAAUGACCAGAAACAGAACAGUUUCUUCAUCUGCUAUUGGUCGAGCAGUAUCAGAUGCUGCGGCAGGAGAGUAUGCGAGCGCCAUAGAGACCUUGGUCACAGCCAUUUCUCUGAUAAAGCAGUCCAAGGUUGCUGCAGACGAUAGAUGCAAGAUUCUGAUCAGUUCGCUGCAGGAUACUCUAAGAGGUGUUGAAACCAAGAGUUAUGGUUCUGCACGAAGAGAACGGUCACGAUCGCGCGAUAGAGAGCGCAGUCACAGAAGAAGACGCGAACGAUCAAGAAGCCGGGACCGGGAGUACAGGGAGAGAAGCAGAGAUAGGGACAGGGAGCGGGACAGGGAGCGUGAUCGUGAGAGGGAAAGAGAUCGUGAUCGCGACAGGGAACGUUAUUACAGCGAAGCAUAUCCACGAGAGAGAUCACGAAGCAGAGAGAGGGAUCGUGAACGUGAAAGAGAUCGCGAGUAUAGAGAGCGAAGCAGAGAAGAAAGUACGACACGUCAGUCAGCCAGGCCAAGAGUAAAAGAAGAACCGCCAGAGACGCCUCCCGUCUCGUCUUCCAAGGCGUCUAGAGACUAUGAGAAGGGAAGAGGAUCGCAAAGGGCUGAGCGUCCGGUACCUUUUAACAAGUACCAGGAAACGGACGAGGAACACUCACAGAGCACGGUACAGGAUAGUUAAUCCUGGUCCCAAAGAAAAUCGAAGGAGAUCCCGAGAGAAAGAGAGAGCUUUUUAUAGUUGUACAACUUUGACGAGUACCACGUUUGCAUGAUCGAAAUGAUAUAUGUUUCUCUAUGUGCCAUUCAACAUAGUCACAUUAAAACUAGAGCUCUUAUUAACUGCGUAUUCGAGUACUCGAUAAGUAUAAAUUGAAUUAGUAUCGAAGUACUUGAAUGCCGAAAUCGAAAUUAAACGAGUAUCUGACUACUCGGAUUUAAACUAAUUAAUUAUCCGAUUGCUCGGAUGUAUUCUGAUAUUUGGUUCUGAACUGAAUAUUCAGGUACUCGGAUUCUCAAGUGCGAGUAUCCGUAAGUACACAUAAUAGUAAGAGCCCUAGUCGAAAUACUAUACGGAUUAGCGAUAAGACAUACGCCGGUUUUAGCAUGACCAACUCAUAGUCUAAUUGUUUGAGUUAUUCUGCAUUUAAUCCUUUGCGAAUCCAUGUCUUUUUUUCUACCUUUCUUUCUUUGCUUUAUAGUUAUUUUUAAAAGUCAGUCACUUUGCAAUCCAUGAUUUAUUGUUUUACAUUGUCUUAAACAUUAGCAAUAUUCAAAGCCCUCUCAUUAAAUUAAAUAGACUGAAAACAUUUAUGCAAAUUUUAUGGUUUUAUUUAUGAUUGUAUAAUGAUUCAAGCAUUUAUAAAAAUAUUUUUAUGUAUCAUUUAUGUGUCUGUUCCUCUCAUCUUUUAAUACGUUAUUCACUGGAAAUGUUUAGAAGUUUUGCUGUGUAUCAUAAAAUUGUUAUAUUCAAUGCGUGAAUCAUUGUAUACGUUUUCUUUUUAAUGGUUGAACAAAGAAAAUUAAGUAGAACAUUCAAAAUUGCUCAGCAAACUAUGGAGGAUCGCAAAGGGUUCGACUGGAGUGUUCUUUUACUCCGACUGAGUCAUUUCGAAAAAAGUAGGGCAGUCUCGUGCAUCGAUUCACCAGAGUACAAUGAAGUUCAUUUCUCUCAGUAAACUAUUUGGAACGACAAUUUGACUAUAAGUGUAGUUUUAGGAGAAUCGAAUGUAAACGUAGUUUUAAAGCCCUUUUUGUACAAAGCUCAAAGUACACCGUUUCCGUUACUUUUAAUUUCUUAUGUUAUUUUCUUAUGGUAGUCUUGUGGGCUUGAAUGAGCUUUAAUUUCUCAUACCAACGAAUUCCAUCUUUUGACCCGGACAACCGAGGCCAUUACGAUCAAACCUUAUAUUUAUAAUAUAAAAAGAACUGCAUUGUACCUUUAAACUUGUCUCAUAGUUUCAAAUGUACCAUAUUAUCUUUCUGCGUGCUGAUAAGGAUUAUACAUUCGAAACGCAGCUACAGAGUAGCAUUAACAUUCGAAAAUAUAUGUUGCAGUAAUCGUGUUUUAGACAAUUCAUUUUUAUCGAUUUUUUUUAAUAAUAACUAUUUUCCAUGAAAUUACGAUUGCGUUCUGAAUGAAUAAUUCAUACGAAUAUUUAUGAAUACAUUUUUUUCAUUGAGAGUCUAAAGGGCUACAAGAACUUUUUAACUGUAGCUUUAUUUUUUAAUCAUUUAUACAUAUUUAACAGCAUGACUUUUAGGGAUUGUAUUUUGUUCGUGUAUUUAUAUUUGACAAAAGCAUAGGAUUAUAAUUCUAUAGACACAGUAGGAGACGAGAACUACCGUUCCUGGAAUGAUCAAUAUAAAAAGAAGCGCUUUGUACUGAAUAAUGUUACAUAUAGGAUUUAGUUUAGCGUAACAUUCAAAAAAUCGUGCGUCAGAUAAACUCUGCACAGUUGAGAAAUCGAGCAUCGCUUUCCUGUUCGAUUUGUACAGAAAAAAGUUGUUAGUACUUAAUCGUUUUCUAAGUUGAUUAAGUACACGAGAAACGCAGAACAGUCUUUCAGUAUUUAAGUACUAUUACAUUCCAUCUAGAAACACUAUUAUUCAAAAGACCAAUGCAACUAGUGAUAGACAAGCGAAACUGUAAAAAACAAGCAUUGCGUCGGCACUACUAACGAUAUGAUAGCGUAUUAAAUUAAUUAUCGAGAAACGAACGUGCAACUUAUCAGAAGCGUUCCAAAAAAAAAGAGAAAUUAGUGCUCAAUCGCAUACCGGAAGCAAGCAGUUGAUAUUAUCUCACUUUUACGAACUUUAAUGGCACGAAGGAAUUAUAUACUUUUUUAAUACUAUGAAAUUUUUAAAGAUAAGUAAUCGUACAAGCAACAAAAUACGAGAAAAAGUUACGUGUGUAAGUUAUGAAUUCUCUUCUGUGAUCUCACAAAGCAUAUUAAGGUAUUGAACGAUUUUUAAUGUAUAUAUUGCAAGCAGAGCGUCAAAAGAUAGUAGAAAGUCUAGUAUACAUCAUUUUUGUGAUUUUUUAUUAAGCACAGAACUGAGAAAUUGGAUGAAACUAUGGCUAAUGCGGUUCUAGAAUAUUUGUGUCUAUUGUAAUGAACACGAUCUACUCGCAUUAAGUGUCACAAUGCAUCACACAGCGUGUUUAUUUAGAAAUCAAUAUUUGGAUAUAAUUAUUAACGUAUGAGUAUAUCAUGCGCUGACAUACUGGUUACUAUUUUUCGUUAUCUUCUCUGCUGCAUAGCAUGUUUUGUACCCUCUUAAAAAAUUAGAAAUUGCCUGGAGAAAUAUGUAUGGAGUCGAGGGGUAAGUGUAAUUGAAUACAGCUUUAAGUGACUCACCACAUCUUUUUCUGUAUAGUAUUUUUAUUAGACAAGUCUGCGGCUAUCUUAGACGACACAUUGAAGCUAAAAUUUUGUUAUUAUUAUAUCUCAUUCUCCCGGUCCUUCCAAAUCUAGUCUAUAGUUAGAUAAUUGUCUUAAUUGUGUAAGUCCAAAACGAUUCAUCACCAACAUGUUAACCGACGAAAAUUGCAAUUGUAGUCAAUACACGAUUCAUUUGCGAAUCGUGAGCCAAUGCUAUUUCCAAUGAUAUUCCUAUUAGCGAAUAAUAUGUUAGUGUCCACGAUCUCUCGAAAGUGUCAAACCAACGAAUGUUCAAAUUUCGUCCAACAAUGAUGACUUUAAAGAUCGUAUAUUAGACCUUCAGAAAUUUGAGCAUCGUCAUAACAAUAAUUUUAUGAAUAUCAUGUCUUUAUUAUAUCAAAAUUCUAUUGCUUUGUAUCCAUGCGAAUUUGAAACAAGUUCGCCGUAUGUGCUUCUAUGGAAGGAAGCAGAAUUUUUAUCGAAUUAAAGGAAUAAUUAUCGAUCGAUGAUUAAUUAAACAACUUGAAUUAGUUUUAUAGUGUGUUCGAUUAUGCGUAAUGGAUGCUUUAGCCGAUUCUGCGAGUCAAAGAAAAACAAAAAUGAAGAAUGAAAAUAUUUCGUUGCAGACUCCAUCUUCGAAUUAUUGACGAUUGAAGAUCCGCCAAUGAGAGUCCACGAGAGUCGAGCCACAGCCAUCACGCGCUGCACGAAUGACGAAGCUUUGACUUAAACGCGCCCUCAUUGGCGAAUCUUUAAUCGUCAAUAGCUUAAAAACAAAAGCGUCCGACACAAUUUUGUAAUUCUUUAUUUUCCAUUUCCAUGCGCAGAAUCGUCUCUUAAUGUAUCUACUGGUUCAAUCAAACACCCGGUACGCGGUAGUAAGACUAUGCGAAGCUUUAACGCAAUAUAUUCUAUCAAAAGUAAUUCCAUAUCUAUGAAAGAUCACGUUUUAUACAGUAAAGAAAACGAUAGCUGAUAUUUUAUAUCGUUAGGUUCGUUACCAUUGUAUUGCAACAAUUAAGAGCUAUAGAUAAUCGAAGUUGUAAAACUUUGUAAUAGAUGUAAGUAUCAUGCGAUAAAAAAGGCUGUUAUUUGUCUAGUCGAUCACGAUCGCUGGUUAAAAGUAAUUAAACUUGCAGUUUCUGCUUGAUAAACGAA